AUGGGCAAGUGUCAUGGUCUCCAUACUGCCAGGAAGCUCCACAGACACUGACGGGACCAGAAGUGGCAUGAUAAAUAAUACAAGAAAGCCCACUUGGGUACAGCCCUGAGGGCCAAUCUGUUUGGAGGUGCCUCUCAUGCCAAGGGAAUUGUGCUGGAAAAAGUAGAGAUUGAAGGCAAACAGCCAAAUUCUGCCAUCAGGAAGUGUGUCAAGGUGCAGCUCAUCAAAAACGGCAAGAAAAUCACAGCUUUCGUGCCCAACGAUGGCUGCUUGAACUUCACUGAGGAAAACAAUGAAGUUCUGGUUGCUGGAUUUGUUCGAAAAGGUCAUGCUGUAGGUGAUAUUCCUGGAGUCCUCUUUAAGGUUGUUAAAGUAGCCAAUGUGUCGCUUUUGGCCCUGUACAAAGGCAAGAAGGAAAGACCAAGAUCCUAAAUUUUGACAAUGGAAAUGCAAUAAUAAAAAAUUUUCAUAUUCUGAAAGAAGAAAAAAGAAAGAAGAAAAACACAUACUGGAGA